UCUUCUCAAUUAUUCAUUCUCCAUCCAUCGCAUUCUUUCUUUCCUUCCUCCUCGGCCUCUGAUAUCUCAAGCAUUCAUACUCUUUUCUUCCCUUCCUGCAACACCACGAUCUCUCUCUCUCUCUCUCUCUCUCUCUCCAAGAAAUCUAAAAAGCGAGUCUUCUUUAAAAAAAAAAAAAAGAACAAACAAGAAAGCCAACGUCAUGAUCUCCCUCCCUCUCCCUCCCCUUCUUCUCCUCCUCCUCCUCCUCCCCCUCGCCGCCGGCGACAACGCCUACGAGGUGCUCCGCUCCAACGGCCUUCCCAUAGGCCUCCUGCCCAAAGGCGUCCGUGACUUCUCGAUCGACGCCGACGGCCGCUUCCAGGCCGGCCUCGACGCCCCCUGCACCGCCACCUUCGAGAGCGAGGUCCUCUACAACGCCAGCAUCUCUGGCACCAUCUCCCCCGGCCAGAUCGCCGCCCUCUCCGGCAUGUCCGCCCAGGACCUAUUCCUCUGGUUCCCCGUCCUCGCCAUCCGCCUCGACGACAACUCCAGCGGCAUCAUCCACUUCGACGUAGGCGUCGUCGACAAGCAAUUCCCCCUCUCCCUCUUCGAGGUCCCUCCUGAUUGCGUCCCGCUUUCGCUGUCCGCCCAGAAUCAAUCCGUCAACUCACGAUGCGAAAUCCAUCAAGACGUUUCUCAAAAAUCUGCAAUUUGAGAGACAAGAUGAAGAAAGUUUCAAUUUUGGCCGUGUAACUACGCAAUCACCUGCAGAAGCAAUGGCAAGACAGAUCGAAGCACUGUAAACAAAUCAGCUUUAGGAUUAUCUGAUUAUGUAUGUAAUGCGCCAAACGAGCUCCCUGUUCUGUUCUCCCUCGUUUGAUUUUCUUGUGAGUAAUUUGUUUUUUCUUUCUCAUUCUCGGUUUCUAUACACUGUGAGAUCUUUAAGCAUGCGUAUCAAGAACUGUUAUCAGAGUCAAUAAAUCCUAUUUGUAGCCACAAGUGGUGUGAUCAUCUUUAUUUAAAGAAAGAAAUUGCUUUGUUGGGCGUGA